UUGGAAGCGGACGUUGCUCUCACCGUGGGACGAAUAGUAGGCUCAGGUACAAACCUUUCCCCCUCCCUCUCCACCCCUCUUUAAUAAUACAGCUCCAAGUGCCUCCUGGAACACAUCACACCUCAGCGGCCAUGUUGGGGGGGUUCCUCAUCUCUAAGAAGUUCACGCUUCUCACAAAGAUAAUCGUACGCUAUUUUGUUUCUUGCAGAGAGAGCUUCUCUGCAGUCGACGUCGUCCCAAUUAGAAGUUAUAAUGUCUUCAAAGGCUCAAGGUGUAAUUUAUGAUGAAACUGUAUCAGUAAAUCGGAUCUUUGACAGAUAGCUAGUACUACAGGGUGGGAGUUGCUGUUCAUUGUUAUUGAACUGUGUUGUCUCCCAACAUGGUGCCUGGCCAGACUCCCUGCAAGGCUGUGUCGCUGACUACUGAUUUUACGAAGGUCCCAUGCUUGGCUCCCUUUCCCUGGAAAGGGCUACUGGACAAACUCACAAACUGUUUUUUUAAAAGGUGUCCCAUUGGCAUGGCUAGAGAGAAAUGAGUGUGACAGGCAAAUGUGGCUCUGUUUUUCUUCAACCUUUUGAACCAAGUCAACCACCACACACACCCCAGUCCCAGACAUUGGAUGGCACUGGUGUCCGUGGGGGAGUUUCAGUUGGCCUGAUCCGGAGAGAUCACGACUGUGAGCUGCACGUAAACUCCUAUUGACUUCGACCACAUAUCCCAAACCGAAUGUGGACGGAGCAAAUAAAGCACAGUUGAAUCAUCCAUGUCACUCUAUUGAAUGAUGCAACAGCUCCCUCUGUUGUUGAGCAUAGAAAAGCAGCUCUGUAUCAGCCUUUUUAAAAGGGGCAUAAAGUUAAAGGUUAGGCAGCGACACAGAGUCUGGAGGGUGUCUGGUUCUAGGUGGUUUCAGUGGCCAAGGUUUAUAAUACAGGCAGGGUCCUGCUGCUUCCUCUGCUCAGCUCUGGCUUCCUACCACACACCUAAUAUCCACACCAUACACACACACUCUCAUAGCUGCUGCAUUAAAACCCAUGGCUCAUCUUUCAAGGCCCCGCUCUCCUCCUCUUCUACUUCUCUCAUCUAGCAUCCCUCUGAAGACGUAGUGCAACCUCAGGAGUGCUGAGAACUGCUUCCACUUUCACCCUUUCUCCCCAAUUGCUUAUUGUAUUAUCUUGAUAAGGGGUCAUUUAUGUAAUUGCUGUCCUUUUCAUGUUUAUUCAAUCACAGAUAAACAGUAUUUACUGGCUUCGUCAGAAGAUGCUGUUCAGUUGUGAGUAAUGGUAAAGAUCUGGAUAGUUUCAAGCUGUAGUAGCUAGUAGAGAUUCGCUAGUAACACGUCUUCACUGUGAUUCACAGAUAAAUGGCGAAGUGUAAAUACUUCAGUAGCAGUAGGUUCCAGAGACCUGGGGCAUUCUGUUGACCUAACGGUUUGACAGAAUGAUAUAUGAACUAAGUCAGCAUGCCUCGUAGUGUAUUGGCGUCAAGCCGAGUCUCGUCCAGGUCACAGUGAUGGAUACAUGUGUACACAAACGGACUGAAGUGGAAUUCAAAUAACUGUCUUUCGGAAUUGAUUUCCGUGUUGAAGGACACUAUUACUAAGCUGUUAACUGUUUUCUCUUGUCCGAGCAGAAAAAGCAGGUAGAUCUUUUUGAAGACAAAUUUGGCUUGUGCUUCUUUCCCCUUCGCUACUAAAAAAGCCUAAACGCCGAUGACGCUUGAAACGGCACCUAUGGACCGACCCCGUACGGUCCUCCUCCAUAGGUGAAUCAUAACUGCUGUUUUUAACUUAUCAUUUGGACUUGAAUCUCGGCGGAAUGUUUUUGGCUGGCUUUCCCUAACCCCCGCUUGUUUGACCGGCCGCAAAAAUCUCUCUAACCCUAAUGCUUUCAACAGAGUGUUUUACUUUGGUUUCUUUUCUUUAUGAAAGUCCACAGGCUGUUUACUUGGCGAGAGAUGUACGACUAUGGCUACGACGCCAAUAGUUGACUAUGUUCAAGAUGAGGAUGGAUGAUCACUCUGUCUUGGUUCACAAGCCGUUUUGAAUCCUGUUUGUUAAUUUCAGUUUUCUUACCCAUUUUCUGUCUCUUUCUUUCUUUAUAGUGUAUGAUAAGCAGGGCUUUCUGCUGAAGCUGGAUGGAAAGUUGUAAGUAAAACUACAUUUUGUGAAGUAAAACGUCAUUUUAAAGCCAAAGGGCCACAUCUUUCUCAUCUCCAAUUGAUUGUUGUAGCAUAUGCUAAUUUAGCAGAUGCUAGUUGUCUGAUCUUAAGAACGGGCUAUAUUCAGUUUAAACUAAUCAGAAACUGAACUGGAACUAGUUUCCUGAAUAUUAGUAUUGUGACCUAUUAAUCUAAUUUGCAUCACUAGUCAAUUCAAUAAACAUGCCAUCAUUCAUUGGAAUUAUUUUAGCCAACUUUACACCAAGCAAUUGUGCUGGGUCUAAUUGUUAUAACCACACACCAAUCCCUAUGUGACUAAUACAUGUUGAGCUGUGUUUGUGUGUUGGGUAUGGCUUAUAUGCAAACUUGAGUAAUUGUAUUUUGUUGGCGUGAGAGCGUAUGUAUGUGUGUGUUGACGCUCCCACUGUAAACUUUCAUUCUCAUCACCACUCCACCACUACAUGAGUAUUUACAUUUACGUAAGUCAAUACUUUGUAGAAGCACCAACAUUUGCCCAUUUAUUCUUUUCAAAAUUCUUAAAGCUCUCUCAAAUUGAUUGUUGAUCAUUGCUAGACAACCAUUUUCAGGUCUUGCCAUAGAUUUUUAAAUACAUUUAAGUAAACUGUAACUCGGCCACUCAGGAACAUUCACUGUCUUCUUGGUAAGCAACUCCAGUGUAGAUUUGGCCGUGUGUUUUAGGUUAUUGUCCUGCUGAAAGGUGAAUUCAUCUCCCAGUGUCUGGUGGAAAGCAGACUGAACCAGGUUUUUCUCUAGGAAUUUGCCUGUGCUUAGCUCCAUUCCGUUUAUUUUUAUCCUGAAAAUUUCCCCAGUCCUCCACAAUUAUAACUUGAUGCAACCACCCCUAUGCUUGAAAGUAUGGAGAGUGGUACUCAGUAAUGUGUUGUAUUAGAUUUGCCCCAAACAUAACACUUUGUAUUCAGGGCAAAAAGUGAAUUGCUUUACCACAUUUAUUGCAGUAUUACUUUUGUGCCUUGUUGCAAACAGGAUGCAUGUUUUGGAAUAUUUUUUAUUCUGUACAGGAUUCCUUAUUUUCUCUCUGUCUGUUAGGUUAGUAUUGUGGAGUAACUACAAUGUUGUUGAUCCAUCCUCAGUUUUCUCCUAUCACAGCCAUUAAACUCUUAACUGUUUUAAUGUCACCUUUGACCUCAUCGUGAAAUCCCUGAGUGGUUUCCUUCCUCUCCUGCAACUGAGUUAGGAAGGAUGCCUGUGCCUUUGUAGUGACUGGGUCUGUUGAUACACCAUCCAAAGUGUAAUUAAUAACUUCACCAUGCUCAAAGGGAUAUCCAGUGUAAUUUUUUUUUUUUUUUCCAAUAGGUGCCCUUCUUUGUUGGGCAUUGGAAAACCUCCCUGGUCUUUGUGGUUGAAUAUGUGUUUGAAAUUCACUGCUCGACUGAGGGACCUUACAGAUAAUUGUUUGUGUGGGAUACAGAGAUGAGAUAGUCUUUCAAAAUUAAUGUGGAAAAAGUGAAGGGAUGUGAAUACUUUCUGAAGGCACUGAAUCUGUUCUGACCAUACACUCACACUAUAGGCACAACUUCAGGAGAGCGUUUCAAUGCUAGUUCUCAUCUGGACCUGCUAAUACAACUGCCUACAGCAGUGGUCAACAGCUCUGAUCACUUCCUCUGACCUAGAAAAUAUGGCACGUUAGCAAGAGACUCCAGCCCAUUCCACUCCAGCUAUAGCCUGUCCAUCCACGCACCCCCUUCACCCUGCCAUGCCCCCAUCUCAUCAACACUCCCUGUGUGUGACAGAUAGGCCUCCCAUAGCGCUGGCCCCGUCUCCUCUCUCCCCCCUGUUUAUUUGAACUAGUCGCGUGCCAUAUAGCAGGUAAUUAAUGAGUAUGAUAGCAAUGAGGAGGAGGUACAAGGGGCUGUUGGAUGCGGUAGAACUUGACCUCUUUAGUCCCUACUUUACCUCUAAAUGGGAAAGGACCAGCAUAGGAUGGGCUAAAGGGAUCAUGUUGAUUAUUAUUUGAAUUAUAUUUUCUCCUCUCAGCUUCAUCUCAAACUAUUUUCAGUUCUUUCUUCCUGGGAGAUCUUUGUUUAAAUUGGAUUGUGUGGAAGUGCAAACACUGCUUGUUAUCUGGUCAUGUUGUUAUCCUUCCCUCUUGGUGACAUUUGCAGGCCAGCAGAAUUGGUGUACAAGUAUGGCAACCUCAGCGAAGGAGUGUGCAAGCCGGGCUACGCAGCUGCCAAGAUGACCGCCAUCUAUCCAAAGUGAGCAAAACUCUCUUCAGGGUUUGAUUAGAGUCCUUGAGUGCAUGUUGAGUCUUAAGAGGAUUCCUCUCUUUGUCUCCACUCCUUUGUACUUUGCACUGCUGAAAAUACUGGUCAGGUGAAGGCAAAUUAAUUUCAGUUUAGUGCAGAUGAAGGAGAGGAGAUAAGGAGAGGCAGGAACUCUAAGCUAUUGAGACGAACCCCUAGAGACGUUAUGACAUUACUCAAGCCAGCAUGGCCUAUGGGGAUCGACUCAGAACAUAAAAGCCCCCACAUUCCCACACAAUAUUUUAGUAAUUCAUUUAUAUCCUUACCACAAACACUAUACUAGGAUCAUCAACUAGAUUCUGCCGCAGGCUAUUUUUUUUCUUGAGCAGAUGGUAAGGGGGCUGGAACAUAAUUACAAAUAAUUUGUAGUCUGCAAAUUGACUGCAAGAAGCCCAAAUGGAUAUAAUAUUUGACUAAAACAUAAUAAUUUCAGGCCUUGCUUACAUUUGUAUAUGAUCACAGAUAUUUCUCUAUUAUGCGUGGGAAUACUUGGGAACAGAUUUCAAAAAAUGUUAAUCAAUUGGAGCUGAUUUCCUGGUGUUUUUAGUAUUAUAUCCAAAAAUAAAACAAUUUUAAAAUGUUCAGAAAACUUGGGGGGACAAAUAAAAGCGGGUUGCCAGCUGGGGAACCGUGCACUACACCAUGUCCUCAUCAGCCCUCCGAACACAAAAGCAUCUCUGUUGGGAGAAUGUAGCCCCCAUCCAACUCCAUUUUAAAUGGAUGCCAGAAAUGAGCCGCCGCUGAGGCUUUUUGUCGGAGGGGCAACGACUUCCUGUCCAGGAGGGCAUUACUCAUCACUUGUCCUCCGAACACGAUCCACGGAACACUCGACGGCCCUCCGUGAUGCCACUGGGCCUUUGAUGCCACUGGGCCUUUGAUGCCAUCCCUGCAUCUCCUCUCCAGCCAUGAGUUAGUGUCUCAUGAGUGCUCAGCAGCUCUGGCUAAUAAAGGGGCAUUUUCCACAUAGCAGAACAAUGGCCCGAGGCAUUUUUACUCAGCUGCCUGUAAAUGUGGAAAAUGGCGACUCCAUCUUAACAUACUGUACGAUGAUGCUGUGUUGAUCCGUGGUCUGCAAAAUGACGGCUAAUAGUGGCUCAUAAUGCUUAAAUUGGCUGACUGUUUUGAAUGACAAACAAGACAUUUUUACAUUUUAGUCAGAGCGACUUAUAAUAUAAACAAUAAUAAUAAUAUGCCAUUUAGCAGACGCUUUUAUCCAAAGCGACUUACAGUCGUGCGUGCUUACAUUUUUGUGUAUGGGUGGUCCCGGGGAUCGAACCCACUACCUUGGCGUUACAAGCGCCGUGCUCUACCAGCUGAGCUACAGAGGACUUGAGUGCAUACAUUUUUUUUUUUCAUACUGGCCCCCCGUGGGAAUCAAACCCACAACCCUGGCGUUGCAAACGCCAUGCUCUACCAACUGAGCUACAUCCCUGCCGGCCAUUACCUCCCCUACCCUGGAUGACGCUGGGCCAAUUGUGCGCCGCCCCAUGGGUCUCCCGGUCGCGGCCGGCUACGACAGAGCCUGGAUUCGAACCAGGAUCUCUAGUGGCAGUCGUUAAAGACCAGCAAUGACAUGAUAUUUAUUGUAUUUUGUGUUUCUUAUUCUUUCUGAAACAACAUAUUUGGAUAAAUAUGACUCUCAUACUGAAACCAAAAGGGUUGUGUAACACGUCGUCAUGGCGUGUUACACAAAUAGUCUUAUGAUUAUUAUCUAACUCAAGAGAAAAGGCCUAACUUUGGGAGAGCUACGUUGGGGCGCUGCUAAAUUACAGCAGUCGUUAAAGAAAAAGCCGUCUGGUUUUCAGGCGGUUUUCAGGCCCUUCCAACUACUACGAGGCUAUGUGUUAACGAUGUCUCCCAACGACUUCCUCUAAUCAGCCACACGUGUCGGAUCAAAGUACCCUACAAAACAGCCCCUUCUGGGACAGCAUUGAUUACUACCACAUUCACUUCAGUAACACACAAUUCAGUUAGUACAAUUAAUGGCUUAUAGUGACAGUUAUGUGUGUCUGUUAGAUGUCCUAGAGUCUGAUGAGUGCCAUGUGUGAAAAAGCAAAAUGUCCGGUUUGGUCAUGCAUGACAUGUACAACUACAGAUGUCAAAUCUAAAUAUUCAAACUGCUACCUCUUUUUGGCCACUUUUGCUUCCCUGUCAGCCCACUCACAUAGAGGAGUGGCAUCCCCAGCUCUGUAUGACAGAUCUAAAUCCCUUUCUUGGUCUAACACUCACAACGAAAUAAGUUGAUGAUUCACGUAAAGACAUGGCCUACAUUUUCUUGGCAAACUGAAUUCAGCAUGAGUUAUUUAAUCUGUAGUAGAAACAAAGUAUAUACACUGACAGUCAACUUGGCCAUAGAAACUCCCUCCCCCUCAUGAAGUGAGGUCCCUCCACCUUGACCCAUAAGACUCUAAGCCCUGAGCAAGCCGGGGGGUGGGUGGAGGGGGGGGGGGGGAGAAGAAGAGACUUCACUUCAGGAGAUUGAGGGAGAGGGGGUUUCUCUAUAACAGAUAGAAAGAUCAGGAAACAUUUUAUUUAUUUAUAUGUAUUUAACCCCUUAUUUUUGGCACUAAACAGUCUCCAUAUAUACAUUACCAGUCAUAUAUAUACUACUCAUUCAAGGGUUUUUCUCUAUUUUUACUAUGUUUUACAUUGUAGAAUAAUAGUGAAGACAUCAAAACUAUGAAAUAACACAUGGAAUCAUGUAGUAACCAAAAAAGUGUUAAACAAAUCAAAAUAUAUUUGAGAUUCUUCAAAUAGCCACCCUUUGCCUUGAUGACAGCUUUGCACACUUGGCAUUCUCUCAAAAGGCCCUGCCCCACGGAAUACAAUUUAUUUCCAACACCUCCCCUCACGCCAAACUGUUUGUAUUGGAGCCCUAAAUCAAGUGUUGGCGGUGAACUUGAGUGGAGCGGUUAUGAAAAUAUGACCUCCAGUGAAAGGAAAUGAGCACUCUGUGCCCCGGCCUCCUGUUUUGGGAGCCCUGUCUCUUUAAGACAAGCAGACCAGAUCCCUGUCUGUCCAUCCGUUCAUGGGCUAGGAGACUCUUGACUGUCCCAGUUAUAUAUAAUGCGGCUGGGUCCCUGAAGCCACAUGUUGAUGAAUCGCGGUUUGUUUUGGCAAGGGUCUACUUCUUUGUCAGGUGAUGUGAGGAGAGAGAGAUGGAGCGGGAGAGCCAGACAUUACUUACUCCCCCCCCCUUAUGACACUGUGGUACAACUUGUGCCUCAAGUGCAAUUAAGGAGUUUGGGGGAGGCACCACAUUAAGGAGUUUGGGGAAGGCACAACAUUAAGGAGUUUGGGGGAGGCACAACAUUGAGGAGUUUGGGGGAGGCACAACAUUAAGGAGUUUGGGGGAGGCACAACAUUAAGGAGUUUGGGGGAGGCACAACAUUAAGGAGUUUGGGGGAGGCACCACAUUAAGGAGUUUGGGGGAGGCACCACAUUAAGGAGUUUGGGGGAGGCACAACAUUUUGGGAAGUUGAAAAGCGGCUCCUCUAAAACAUGUUUGGUCAUUGAUUUCAGACACACUUAGUAGGAAGUGAAGUCUGGUAAUCUGAUAGCGGACUCGGAUUCCUUUGGUGUUAGUAGCCAUCUUCCGCUUGACUUGUCGCACUUAACUGGCGGCAGGUAGCCUAGCGGUUACGAUCGUUGGGGCAGAAACCGAAAUGUCGCUGGUUCAAAUCCCCGAGCAGACUAGGUGAUACAUUUGUCUGUGUCUGUGCCCUUGAGCAAAGCACUUAACCCUAAUUGCUCCUGUAAAUCGCUUGGGAUAAGGGUGUCUGCUAAAUUACUAAACUGUAAACUGUGGGCAGGCAUAACUAGUGGUUGGUUAAAAUGGCCCAUGGCACCCUGAGUUCCUCCUUCAGAUGUUGUGGAGGACCUGUUGUGGUUUGCGCCCCGGGCCUGUGUGAGUUGUUGUUACUGUCAGCGUAAACUGAGAAGCUGCCUGUGUUGUAGAGACAUAAACCGUCCUAGGACCAGUAAUGUCCUUGUUAUCCCCCUCUGUUUAAAUGCCAGUCUGCAAGCUUGUUGUGAAAACCUUCACUGCGAGCUGUAAAAGUGGAUCAUUGGAGCUGCAGGCUUGUUAAACGAGAACCCCUGUGCUCUCCCCAGCGAGACAGCGGGUCAUAAAAACAGACAUCCAUCGUCCGGCCACACUUCCAGAAGCAGCACGUACAGCUCUGGCCUGACUGGGGGAAGUGGCUCCUUCUGAUUUGAGGGGAGUGCUUUAUCAAAGGGGGGGGGGGGGGGGGGGUCGCACAGCCAGGGAGACAUUUUAAAUGUACUGUGUACCCUUAACAGUCACAGCUUCUUUGAGUAUGACAAACGAGAUUUGUUUUUAUUUGAAGCCACCGAGGGCAGGGGAAAGUGGGUUUAUACUGUCAUGGCACAUUUUCCUGUAGUCUAAAAAUGUUUUAAGAUCUUCAAAGGAAUAUAUUUUUUUGUUUGCUUCGUUUCUGUACAUCAAACCGCGGUCUGUAUACCUGUAAGUAACUAGGUUGGUGUCGGAGUACUUUGUUGGUGCGCCAACUGUUUCUGCACACAUUACCAAUCAACACUGCCCUCUUAAGUAAGACGGCCAGGCCCCUUCCUCUAAAUGGCCAGGCCCCAAAUCAUCUUGGACAGAAAAACACUGAUGUCAAUACAUCGUCAGGACACGUAUACCCAAACUAUGCGUCAAGAAUGAUUUAGACCUUUUCCUGGGGAAAAAAACGUUGUCAAUAAGGGUACAUGCAGGAGGCUUGUUCUCUCUUUCUCCCCUGUGUUAUUUAUUUUCCUUCCUUGAGUCAACCCAUUUUGCUCUCUCUGUGUGUGCAGGAUUGGUUUGGGGAACGUUGUUAGAUUGAUGAGUGGAACAAGCGUCUCCUCUUACGGCCCAGUGUCUUUAACUCCUGGCAGGACAUUCACACCAGAGCCCCAGGGGUCACGGCAGAGAUGAGUGGGGGCCACGUCCUUUUCAGGGAGAAAGGGAGAAGAAACGCUUUUAGAAAAAAAACGGUCAACUUCUAAUUUAGUGUCCAGCGAGACAUUGGGGUGGUGUACCCCCAGACACACAUUCUCCGCUUGAUCACUCACCCGUGCAUGGGUGUUCAGGUAAACUCCAUUGCUCAUUGACAAGUGUCAAUCCAACUUGAUUAACACAGCACGCUAUCUGUGGUGGAUCUCUCAUAGCAAGCUAUCUGGAAUAGGACAAGGGUUUGGCUGGCUUUUGAACUAUGCAUCUGGAAAUGAGAGUGCACGACUAAGAAGUCAACACAACACAAAGUAGGCCUAUUUUGUUUAACUUUAGUCCUCCUGGACUGUUCAUGGGUGAACAGACAAUCUGAAGUCCUUCUCUAAAAUAUAUUAAUCUCUCCCGUUCUUCUCUCUGCUGUUCUUCUGACAGGUUCAUGAAGCCAGCUCCCAUGUUUCUCGACCGGAACUUCAAGCGUCUGGCCAAAGUCAACAGUUACUUACCUCCAUUUGGAUUCAAAACACAAGGUAAGACGCAUUGCGUGUCUAACACGUGCACAAAUUGGAUUAUGCCCCCGUCCAUGUAUCUCAUUGAUAGAGUAACUUGUCAUGGUGGUUUUAGAACUGUGUAUGGAUGGUGGUUUGGGCUGGAUAGGUAAGCUAAAGAGAAGAGGGUGCCAGGGUUGUACCAUCCUUAUCACCACGCGUCAGUUAGCGCUUGGUGAUAGAGCUGGCAGAACAGCCCUCCUGGCCUGCUUGGGUUGAUCUAAUUCUGCUCCUGUCAUGCUCACUGAUGUCUCCACACACUGCCUCUGACCGUGCCAUUGCCUGGGGUGGGGAGCAGGGUAGAGGGUGAGAAUGGGAUGCAUUAAUAUUACAGGACAUUUCUUGCUACGGCAACAUCUGGAUAGCGAAACAGCACUUUUCAGUUUCUCUGAACUUCUACAAACUUCUACGGCAUUUUCCAACUUCAACACCCAUCCUAAAUGUAUGGCGAAAUGCAUCAAACUACUUAACAUAUUAUAUAUUAAUCAUUUAGCAGAGACUCUCUUAUACAGAGCAACUUACAGGAGCAAUUAGGGUUACGUGCCUUGCUCAAAGGCACAUUGACAGAUUUUUCACCUAGUUGGCUCGGGAUUCGAACCAGCAACCUUUCGGUUACUGGCCUGACGCUCUUAACCGCUAGGCUACCUACCGUUCUUUCCUCGACUGUGAAGUAGUCACGUCUCAAUACGGGGUUAGGUAGCUCACUGACUGCGACAAGACCGACAAGAAUCUAUGCAUUUCACGAAUCAAACUUGAGAACAUCAUGCUAUCAGAAUUGGAAAGAUGAGGUAAAAAAGGGUGUGGCCUGAAUGCAUGCUCUCUCACAUAUUUUCCAAUACUUAUGAACAAAGUUAAUGUAAAGGUACACUGAAUGUUACCUAUGUGCUCUGGCAAGGGCCCUCUGCCCCGCUCUCACGCGCUGGUUUUCAAAGGCGAGCAACUUGUGUGCACACUACACCUGGAUUCUGUUUUUUCCACGGAUGGUGACUGCAGUGGGGUUUCCCUUUUAGCUGUAUGGAGAGGUAGUAUGUGUGGAUCUUGAAUAGCACUCCACAAAGGAUUCCAAAUUAGAAACCCCAAAAAUGUAAAGCAUGACAAUAAACGUUUAUUUUUGCUUGUUUUGCAGCCAAGCUGCCAUGGAGGUUUACUUGAAACAGUCUUGUUCGCUAGACUUUAUGCAGUUUUUACCACUCCAUCCUACUAUAAGCAAACAUGAAAGCAUUUUUUACAGGGACCUUUUUUAACACCUAAAGCAAGGGGUACCCAACCAUUUUCCCCCAGGGACCCCUAUUUCAUGACCCACACAUUUCAGGGACUCCUAUUUCAUGCCCUCCCCCAACGCCCAAUUAAUUAUUAAUUCGUUUAGCUUUUUCUGUUUAGGGAAAUGUCUGUUUUUAAGCUAAUUUCCUGCAAUGUUACAUAUUAACCUCUUAAGGAUCAGACCCUUAAAAACAUUUUUUGACUAAAAUGACAUACCCAAAUCUAACUGCCUGUAGCUCAGGACCUGAAGCAAGGAUAUGCAUAUUCUUGAUAUCAUUUGAAAGGAGGUACUUUGAAGUUUGGUAAAUGUGAAUUUAAUGUAGGAGAAUAUAACACAUUAGAUCUGGUAAAAGAUAAUACAAACCAAAAAACAUGCGUUUUCUAUUUUUUGUUUUGUUCCAUCAUCAUUGAAAUGCAAGAGAAAGGCCACAAUAUAAUAUUGCAGUUUAUGCGCAAUUUAGAUUUUGGCCACUAGAAGACAGCAGUUUGUGCAAAGUUGCAGAUUGAUCCAGUGAAGCAUUGCAAUACUGGACUAUUUUGUAUCAAGUCUGCCCAAAUGUGCCGAAUUGGUCAAUUUAUAAUUUUUCAAGUACAUAACUAUAGAGAACAUACAUAAAUGAUAUGGUAAUACAAAAUGUAAGUUUACACACUCCCAGGAAUGUCAUACAUGAUGGAUCAUUAGCUUAUACAACUUUCACACAUCUAGAUGGCGGGGUGGGUGUGGAGCCAGAGACAGCAGGGGUUCAAACUGUAGAACCCAGUUCCUACAUUUUAAUAUAAAAGUUGAUUUUAUCAAACAAAACUAUGCUACAUUUUAUCUCUGGGACCCUUAGGAUGACAAAUCAGAGCAAGAUCACUGAAUGUAAGUACAUUAUUUACCUUCAGAGGUGAAUGUAUCAAACCAGUUGCCGUGAUAUGUUUUUUGUUGUGCACUCUCCUCAAACAAUAGCAUGGUAUUUUUUCACUGUAAUAGCUACUGUAAAUUGGACAGUGCAGUUAGAUUAACAAUAGUUUAAGCUUUCUGCCCAUAUAAGACAUGUCUAUGUCCUGGAAAGUUACUUACAACAGUCAUGCUAAUCACAUUAGCGCACGUUAGCUCAACCGUCCCGUAUACGGGACGCCGAUCCCGUAGAGGUUAACAUGACUCAUGACAUCUUUUGGAUAGGCCUAGUUCAUUCAUGAUAAUAAGGCUGGAUAAAGGUCAAAUAAAACCUAGCCCAGAUUUUUUUUCAAAUGUUACUAAUAUGUUCAAAUGUUAUUAUUUAUAUACAUUUAAGUAUCAAUUUAGUUGCAUAAUGGAAAUAGCUCAGUUAUUGCUACAGAGUCACCCAUUGUUUAAGAUAACAUCCCAUUCAAAGCAAAGUCCAAUUUAAUUAUUCUCCAUUUUGUACUCCUUGACUUUAGCUGGUCAUGUCUAAGCAUCUGACUGUUAUAUAGACAAACCAAGGAUAUCCCCAUGUGCCAUGGAGCUAAGCUUUUGGCCUAGACCAGGGUUUCCCAACCACCGGGCCAGGGACUGCUGGCCUAGACCAACUGACCAUUUACAUUUUUUAAAACAUUUUUAGUCAUUUAGCAGACGCUCUUAUCCAGAGCGACUUACAGGAGCAAUUAGGGUUAAGUGCCUUGCUCAAGGGCACAUACCACAAUGCACCUAGAAUAGAUAGUUUGAUAAUGUUGAGAUAUUUCUGUCCUGGAUACAAUUAUGCUCUUUGCCAAUCCCUAGUGAUUCAUAAGCAUUGUAUAUUUAUCAAUGUUAGACUUACCAGUCUCAGGUGUUUCCCUUUACCUUGUGUAUACUCUGCUCUAUAGCAGCACGCUGUAGCAGAACAAUCGGAGAGCGUGUUUAGCGACACAUCCAAUCCCUCCUCCAUAUUUCAGCUGAAGAUUUUCCUCGCCAGAACCGUGUACGUCAAGGCGAUGGCCAUUUGUCUGAGCUUCUGCCCAGACAUACUUGGCUGAGGUGUUUAUCCUGGUCGCUAAUAACAAUUAGCCGCCAUGUCUCCCCCUUUGAUGAAACCUUCCCUGCUGCGAUUUCUCCCCCCCUCGAUUCAGGUGUGGUCCUCUGUUUAUGCUGCCCGGGGUGAUGCUUGAUGCCAGACAUCGACCCCUUGUCCAAACAAUGGGCCGCUGCUCUUUUUCAGCUUUUUAAUCAUUAGAGGGGAUAAAGCUGUAAGCCUAAUGCAUUACUCUAGCAAGAGACCCACGUAGAUACUUACAUGGGGUUGUGGUGACCCUAACAGCAUUUAAUAUCAGCUGUUUAACAAAUACAUUCAGCACUCAACUGAAAUGUGAUUAUACACUAUACAUACAAAUAUAUGUGGACACCCCUUCAAAUUAGUGGAUUUGGCUAUUUCAGCCACACCUGUUGCACACAGCCAUGCAGUCUCCAUAGACAAACAUUGGCAGUAGAAUGGCCUUACUGAAGAGCUCAGUGACUUUCAACGUGACACUGUCAUAGGAUGCCACCUUUCCAACAAGUCAUUUCGUCAAAUUUCUGCCCUGCUAGAGCUGCCCCGGGUCAACUGUAAGUGCUGUUAUUGUGAAGUGAUAACGUCUAGGCGCAACAACGGCUCAGCCGCGAAGUGGUAGGCCACACAAGCUCACAGAACGGGACCGCCAAGUGCUUAAAAAUCAUCUGUCCUAAAUUGCAACACUCACUACAGAGUUCCAAAUUGCCUCUGGAAGCAACAUCAGCACAAAAACUGUUCUUCUGGUGCUUCAUGAAAUGGGUUUCCAUGGCAGAGCAGCCGCACACAAGUCUAAGAUCACCAUGCGUAAUGCCAAGCGUCGGCUGGAGUGGUGUAAAGCUUGCCGCCAUUGGACUCUGGAGCAGUGGAAACGCAUUCUCUGGAGUGAUGAAUCACCCUUCACCAUCUGGCAGUCCAACGGACGAAUCUGGGUUUGGCGGAUGCCAGGAGAAUGCUACCUGCUCCAAUGCAUAGUGCCAACUGUAAAGUUUGGUGGAGGAGGAGUAAUGGUCUGGGGCUGUAUUUGUUGGUUCGGGCUAGGCCCCUUAGUUCCAGUGAAGGGAAAUCUUAACGCUAUAGCAUACAAUGACAUUCUAGACGAUUCUGUUUUUCCAACUUUAUGGCAACAGUUUGGGAAAGGCCCAUUCCUGUUUCAGCAUGACAAUGCCUCUGUGCACAAAGCGAGGUCCAUACAGAAAUGGUUUGUCGAGAUCGGUGUGGAAGAACUUGACUGGCCUCAAAGCCCUGACUUCCUCCCCAUCGAACACCUUUGGGAUGAAUUGGAACGCCGACUGCAACAUCGCUCAACAUCAGUGCCCGACCUCAAUAAUGCUCUUGUGGCUGAAUGGAAGCAAGUCCCCGCAGCAAUGUUCCAACAUCUAGUGGAAAGCCAUCCCAGAAGAGUGGAGGCUGUUAUAGCAGCAUAGGGGGGACCAACUCGAUAUUAAUGCCCAUGAUUUUGGAGUGAGAUGUUUGACGAGCAGGUGUCCACAUACUUUUGGUCAUGUAGUGUACAUGCAAGUGAGUGAUUCUAGAUAUAAAUCUCCCAAUAAUUUGGCUAUGGUAGAUCUAUAUGACUAAGAUGAGAAGGAAAGAGUCGAGAGGUGCUAGUGGGCUGUGGGGGCGAAGACAAAUUUGUCUUAAACACCAGAGUCAUGAUUCCUCCAGAAUACCCUCUGGAGCAUGGCAGGAACGCACGCUAUGGCUAAACAGCCCUGUAUCUUACACCACCAGACCCAGCUCUGUGUCCUCCUGGUGAGAGAGCCCUAGCACAGCACACUUCAACUGGGAGAAUGUGCUUGUUUGAAAACAGCGUUCCUCACUGAGUGGUUUUAUGGGCAGUGCUUUUUUACAAAGCCCUGUUUCACCCGGAUUCAUCCGUCCUAAAAGCACUGCCGGUUUUCCAAUGUUAUUGUCACCGGGUCCGUGGCUUAUCCUUAUCUACGUGGAGGGAUGUUCUCUCCUCCAGACCUCCAGCUCUCCCAAGGACCACCUAGCCUGCUACAGCGUUUUCUGGGCAUUGAAGUCCUCGACUGUUGGUUAUUGAAGAGGAGCUAUUAAUCCUUUUCAUGAGGGGUUUGUCUGUGAACUAGCAAUAAUAAUUCAUUGUAGUUGAUAUCUAAACUGUCUGUCUUAUUUUUUCCCCAGAAAGAAUCAUAGACAUUAUUCUAACUGCCACAAAAAACUAUGGGCUGGGUCAAGACCUUGACAGGUAAUUGCCACGGGAAUUAAGUAACACACUCUCACACAUACAGUUGAAGUCGGAAGUUUACAUACACCUUAGCCAAAUACAUUUAAACUCAGAUUUUCACAAUUCCUGACAUUUAAUCCUAGUAAAACUUCCCUGUUUUAGGUCAGUUAGGAUCACCACUUUAUUUUAAGAAUGUGAAUUGUCAGAAUAAUAGUAGUGUGAUUUAUUUCAGCUUUUAUUUCUUUCAUCACAUUCCCAGUGGGUCAGAAGUUUACAUACACUCAAUUAGUAUUUGGUAGCAUUGCCUUUAUAUUGUUUAACUUGGGUCAAACGUUUCAGGUAGCCUUCCACAAGCUUCCCACAAUAAGUUGGGUGAAUUUUGGCCCAUUCCUCCUGAUAGAGCCGGUGUAACUGAGUCAGGUUUGUAGGCCUCCUUGCUCGCACACGCUUUUUCAGUUCUGCCCACACAUUUUCUAAAGGCUUGAGGUCAGGGCUUUGUGAUGGCCACUCCAAUACCUUGACUUUGUUGUCCUUAAGCCAUUUUGCCACAACUUUGGAAGUAUGCUUGGGGUCAGUGUCCAUUUGGAAGACCCAUUUGCGACCAAGCUUUAACUUCCUGACUGAUGUCUUGAGAUGUUGCUUCAAUAUAUCCACAUAAUUUUCCUUCCUCAUGAUGCCAUCUAUUUUGUGAACUGCACCAGUCCAUCCUGCAGCAAAGCACCCCCACAGCAUGAUGCUGCUUCCCCCGUGCUUCACGGUUGGGAUGGUGUUCUUCGGCUUGCAAGCCUUCCCCUUUUUCCUCCAAACCAAAUGAUGGUCAUUAUGGCCAAACAGUUCUAUUUUUGUUUCAUCAGACCAGACGACAUUUCUCCAAAAAGUACGAUCUUUGUCCCCUUGUGCAGUUGCAAACCUUAGUCUGACUUUUUUAUGGCGGUUUUGGAGCAGUGGCUUCUUCCUUGCUGAGCGUCCUUUCAGGUUAUGUCGAUAUAGGACUCGUUUUACUGUGGAUAUAGAUACUUUUGUACCUGUUUCCUCCAGCAUCUUCACAAGGUCCUUUGCUGCUGUUCUGGGAUUGAUUUGCACUUUUCGCACCAAAGUACGUUCAUCUCUAGGAGACAGAACGCGUCUCCUUCCUGAGCGGUAUGACGGCUGCGUGGUCCCAUGGUGUUUAUACUUGCAUACUAUUGUUUGUACAGAUGAACGUGGUACCUUCAGUCAUUUGGAAAUUGCUCCCAAGGAUGAGCCAGGUCUACCAUUUUUUUUUUCUGAGGUCUUGGCUGAUUUCUUUUGAUUUUCCCAUGAUGUCAAGCAAAGAGGCACUGCGUUUGAAGGUAGGCCUUGAAAUAUAUCCACAGGUACACCUCCAAUUGACUCAAAUUAUGUCAAUUAGCCUAUCAGAAGCUUCUAAAGCCAUGACAUAAUUUUCUGGAAUUUUCCAAGCUGUUUAAAGGCACAGUCAACUUAGUGUAUGUAAACUUCUGACCACCUGGAAUUGUGAUAUAGUGAAUUAUAAGUGAAAUCUGUCUCUAAACAAUUGUUGGAAAAAUUACUUGUGUCAUGCACAAAGUAGAUGUCCUAACCAACUUGCCAAAACGAUAGUUUGAUAACAAGAAAUUUGUGGAGUGGUUGAAAAACGAGUUUUAGUGACUCCAACCUAAGUGUGUGUAAACUUCCGACUUCAACUGUACAUACUAGCACUUACACACACACACUUUCUCUUUUCAAACAUUCUAACUGGCCAGACAUUCUUCUCUUCCAGUUUAAGUUGUAAAAGAUGCAUUAUCGUGGGCAACGGUGGUAUCCUGGCUAACAAGUCUCUGGGCUCCCGAAUAGAUGAUUACGACAUUGUGGUGAGGUGAGUCUUUACUUCCAAUGCAAGGGCAACAUAGUGCCAGUUCCUGGGGUAAAAAAGGAUUAAGUCCUGCUUAAUGUGAGUUCCUCCUGAACUCUUGUUAAUGUUAAUUGACUUAGGUUAGGGCUUAGAUUGAUACAUUUCCCUGCAUGAGUGUAAACCUACUGUUUUAUCAGUAUGAAGGGUACUGGGCAUUUGUUGGCAAGCCCCGUAUCAGAAAGAAACUAAAUAGAAACUAAAUUACCAGUUAUUGUUUCGAUUGGCAAAAUUUUUUGUCAUAUUUGAGAGGAGUGAAACUAAAUUCUCAGGCUGGCACCUAGGCUAUGUAAAGUCCCCAGUCAUGCUGUGAUGUCAACACACAACGUACAGAGCCCCACAGUGGAGGUGUCAUAAUACCCAUAAAACCUAGCGGUCAAACAGGGAAAUGGUUCCAACCGUUUUUCCACCAUUCAUUUUUCCCAUAGGGAAUUUUAGAAACACUUAAAUGAAGGGCUGUGUUUCGUGUAGGCUUACCCUGGUGUGACGUUUUGACUAGGUGACUUAUCAAUAUAUUCGGCUCUGUUUACUCUGAUUCGAAAAUGCUAAUUAGCAUCAAGGUAGACAUCAUUCAAGACUACAAAUCCCUGCAAGCUCCCACACGUCAUCUUUGCUAACAGGUGUAUUGUGUCAUUUUAAAACUUGCACAAGACAGUUCACAGAAUUGUAAAUUUAAAGAAAUCUAGCCAAGUUAUUCAUUACUAAAUGUAGCUAUUAGAUGGUUAAUCCAGAGAUUCUUACCUUUGCCUCGAUUGGGCAGUCUUGUCCAGAUCAUCAUGGUAUUUGUUGAUCUUUAUGAUAGCCACAUUAGCAGCUAAUUAGCAUUUCAUUUUUGGGGGAUAAAUACAGGCAAAUUAUAUUGAUAAAAGUCACCUUGUCCUAGAGAGAUUUACACAGUUCUCAAAACGUUACGCCAGGGUAAGCCUACACGAAACACAGCCCUUAUUUUAAGUGUUUCUAAAAUCCCCUAUAAGAAAAAUGAAUUGUGGAAAAACGAUUGGAACCAUUUCCUUGUUUGACCGCUAGGUUUUAUGGUUAUUAUGACUCAUACUGUGGUACUCUAUUCGCCCACAUAGCGUUUCUUCUCCAACCGCAGGUUGAACGAGGCUCCAGUGACUGGUUUCGGCAAGGACGUGGGCACCAAGACCACCAUGCGCAUCACCUACCCCGAGGGGGCCAUCCAGAGGCCUGAGCGAUACGAGAAGGACUCGCUCUUCAUCUUCUCCGCCUUCAAACCGCUGGACUUCAAGUGGCUCAGACAGAUGGUCUUCAGAGAGAAGCUGGUGAGGCGUACCUCAAGCCUGACUUAUGUUACCAUUAUUCGUUGGGACCAC